CCCAGCCCAGCAUGCCGACAAAAGGCCGAAAAGGCCGAAAGGGCCGCUCGCUGCCACCAUCUCCGCGUCCAGCUCCGCCGACAGCAGCAGCCAAGGGCAGGGCAUCCACUCUCGCCGUGGCCUCCAACACCUCCCAUUUCGCCACCCCGAUACCUUUCGACGAGGAGUGGCUGCAGAGGGUGAGCGACCUGGAUGGUAUUCCUCGUCUCUCGGGGCAUUGUGCACUCCUAUGUGGUAUGUGCUGUUGUGGCUGUGUGCGUGCAGUGGCCUCAGGAGGUGGUGUUUGCCAGCAUCGACCAGAGCUGCUGGCUCUCCUCCCUCCUCCACAGCGUCCUCAGGGUGCGCCCUCUGGUGACGUACCUGUUGCAGAGUAAGAAGCCGAGCCGCCCGACAAUGCAGCACAGCACAGGGCGACAGACGACGCACACACUGACUGCAUCGUUGGUUGGACUCCUUCUCUGUCUCUCGAUCAGGUGGUUCGGCAUACACCCUGAGGAAGAAGUCACUGGUUCGGCGGUUCGAGGCCUACGCCCCAGCGCUGUGCGGUACGUUUGACUGAUACCAACUGACGCAGACAGACAGACAGACAGACAGCUGGAGGCAGGAGAAGUCCACCACCGCUCACUGCUCUGCCUGGUUGAUUCGUGUGUGUGUGCAGACAAGGCCACCGAGAACCUCGGUCGUCUGGGGAGGGGAGGGCGCGCCACACGAGCGGACCACAAGGCACCGCCGUCCUCACUGCUAUGGGAGACGGUGCUUGUCACGAGGUAAGCGCGAAGGAAGCACCACACACACCCACAAGCGGACCCUAUUGAGCGGACCCCUCGCUCACCUGUCGCUCUCUGUGUGUUGUCUGGUGGAUGGAUGGAUCAGUGCCAUGUGGACGGUUGGCGAGAAGGAGAGAGCUUCGAAGCAGCGGGCGGCCGAGCGCAGCGGGGUGCUGCUGGACAAGGGCGACUGCCAGAAUCUCAAAAUCACACCCAGCACGUUCUUCUACACACUCAUGCGGACGUGCCCCAACUUCGGUCAGUCACCACACGACACAAACACACCCUUCCUCCCCCUCUCCCCAACAGACGUCUCCCUCUCUGUCCAAUUGUCUCUGUCUUUCUGUGUGUGCAGGUGUUGGCAACCAGGAGGACAUUGCAGAGGCGACGACAUUCUUUCUGGACACCCUCAACCGCGAGAUGCUGGCGGACAAGUUGUCGGACAACGGGGCCACCGACAUGACCCUCGAACAGGCGGGAGACGACCACACCGAGACGCCCGUCUCCAAACUCUUCAGAGGUGGGUCCGCACCACCCCAUCCCUCCAUCCACCCACCCACACCACAGCACACCCCCGCUGCACACGUGUGGUGUGUGUGUCACUAUUGUUGCGUCAGGUGUGCAACGUACGGUGGUGACGUGCAGUUGCGGCAACGUCAGCACACGGGACGAGCCGCAGUGGAUCAUGGCCCUCCCCAUCCCUGGCCCUGGCAACGCCGAGGCUGCCGCUGCUGGAGGGGGGAAAGGCAAGCAGACGACGAAGCCCCGGGCCGCCAUAGCUCAGAAGAAGGGGCGGGGCAAGAGGGGCAACGACAUGACGGACGAGGUAUACAGUCACGCAGCCAUCAGACAGACACAGAGGGAGGCAGGCAGGCGAGAUGUGGUUGAUGUCUUUGUUGCAUCUCUCUGCUCUCUGUGUGUGUGUGUGCUCUGGCAGUCUGCCAGCGUAUCGGUUGACGAUUGCAUGAGAGCGCACUUCGCAGAGGAGUCACUGCAGGGCGACAACCAGUAAGGAGGCACCUAACCCACCCAUUCGAAACACACACAGCACGUGUGUGUAUCUCUCUGUGUCUCUGUGUGUGUGUGUGUGUGUCAGGUACGAGUGCGAGCCCUGUGGGCGGAAGCGUGACGCCUCCAAGGCAAUCAGUCUGUCUGAGGUACCGGAAGUGGCCAUCCUGCAGUUCAAACACUUCCUGAACAACAGUGUCAAGGUACGGGGGCAACACACACACACACACACACACACAGAGAGAGAGAGAGAGACAGAGAGGGACGACCCACACCCCUCCAUCCCAUUCCUCCAUCCGUCCAUUGGCGUGUUUCUGUGUCUCUGCAGGUGGAGACCCACGUGGAACUGCCAUUGGAGUUGAACCUCGACGCCUACGCCGCCAACAACGGCUCGGCGGCCGCAUCGUCAUCGGCCGGCGAACGGGGCAUACACAAACUGACCGGUGAGUGAGCUGAUUGGGGGGAGGCAGCCAUGCGCACCGCAUGUGUGUGUGACUCUCUCCCUCUGUUUGUGUCUGUGGUUGUUAGCCCUUGUGGUGCACACCGGUUCGAGUGCCGUUGAGGGUCACUACAUCAUGUACACCCUCGUGCCAGACGGUACGUCACCUCACUGAUAGGUGGCUGCGGUGGGUGCAUCGAUCGCAUCAUCCACCCCACCUCCCACUCUCUCUACACAUCACAUGCAUGCAUACGUGUCCGUCCAUCCGUCCAUGUGUCUGUCUGUUAUGUGUGUGUGUCACGUGUCACGUGUCUCGUGUCGGACAGCCCCCACAGGUCCACAGCAGCCCCGAUGGUGUUUGUAUGACGACGCCAAGCCCGUGGCCGAAUUCACCGACGAGUUUGUCCUCUCCCAGCAGGUGGGCAAGGCAAGGCACCCACUCACACCCCACCCCCACCCACCCCACCUAAAGACACACUCGCAGACACAACAUCCUCCCACCUUGUCUGUCUGUGUGUUUCAAUCCCAUGGCUGGCUGUCUGCAGGCCUACAUGGCCUACUACCCGCGCGACAGUGUGCCGUCGAUGGUGCUCCCCCCUCGUCCGCCCCCGCCCCCCGGGCACAACACGCCCUCCCCCUCCCAGCUGGAGGACUCGGAGGGCACCAGCGGCACACUCGGGCAGGGAGGUGGCCCCCGCAGGUCCCCCUGCAAGCGGCAGGUCAGCCAGCGCUCACCCUCGCCCCCUCCCAUCAAGAGCUCCGUCAGCAGCAAGAGGCGCCGCAAGGAUGCCGCUGGUGGUGGUGGUGAGGGAGAGGAGCGGGGAGCUGUCGACGUCGAUGUCGACGGCGAUGUGGUGAUGGCGCCGAGGAAGGCUGCGGGCGAGACGGCCGCUGCGAGCCGUGGCGACUCCCCUGCGCGCCAGCUGCGUCGACAACUGGCGCACGACGAGCGGCGCACACCGGCCGCGGGCAAGAAGCGCCGAGGUGUGGGCAGCGAGGAUGCAGCUGGGGGUGGUGCGUCUGAGGGGGCGGGCGUGGCGUCGCGACGCGUGCAGCCAAAGCGGGCUGCCAAGGCGGCUGCUUCCAGCGGGGCGGGUAGUGGUGAGGGUGAGGGUUGGGCGUCGCGUGAGGAGAGGAAGAAGGCAGCAGGUGGGUACCCAUUCACACACACACACACACAUACAUCCCCAGGCAAUGGACAGACAGGUCACCUUACUGUCUGUGUCUGUGUCUAUGACCACCCGACAGGUGGUGACAGGAGUACUGACUCUGGGUUCGACGACGGCAACAAGCGCCAAUCCAAGAAGCCACCGGCAGCAGCCAAAGCCAAGCAGGGCGGCAAACCCAAAGCCAAGCCCAAGGCCAAGCAGGGCAACAAAAGCAAGGGCAGCGGCAAGGGCAAGGGCAAGGCCAAGGGCAGAGCCACCAAACCCAAACAGGUGAGAAAUAUACACACACGCACACACACAUCCACAUGUGUUGUGUUGAUUGCUUUGUCCGCCAAAGGUGGCCAAGACGACGGGCGACGGGCCCGCAGCGCGCGUGGGGCUGCGCCGCAGGGAGCAGGCCAAGAGAUCAGGCCGUGCUACGCGUUAGUCAGUACUGAUCUCUUGGCCUGCGUGUGCAUGCAGGGAG